GCUGUGCCUAGAAACACACGGAUCUUCCUACGUAUUCGUGCAUGCACGGGAGCGCAGAAACCCCAGAAUAAUACGUCAUCUCGAUUUCCCGUAAAGACGCGUGCAGAUUAGCUGUCGAGAAAAAAAAAAAAAAAGUGUUGGAAAUUUCUUGUUCAUUCAUAAAUUAUUUCGGUGUGUCAGCCUAGUUGAAAUGGCGAUUGGCUGCUCCUGCCUCCUGCCAACCCCUUAAGGAUCCGAUGUGAAAUUAGUAGCAAGAAGGCAUGUAAUUGACCGAGUCACGUGUGCGCAGGGGGCCAGAAACGGAGCGAGAGCGAAGGGGAAAAAUCAAAAGAGGGAAAGCACAUUAGACCAUGCGAGCUAAAUUUGCGAUCGUUCAAAAUCAGGAUGUUAGAUUAAUGCAGAAGACCACUUCGAUCCACAGGGAAAGUUUUCAUCUCACGAGUUUGGAGCAGAGGGCCCGUGGGGCAACAUGGCCGAAGCAGGGGCGAGUAAAGGUGGAGACGAGCCCGGGAAGUUGCCGGAGCAGGAAGAAGAGGAGGAAUCCCAGGUUUUGCACGGAACCGGCCAUUGCAAAUGGUUCAAUGUGAGAAUGGGAUUCGGGUUCAUCUCCAUGAGCAACCGAGAGGGAAGCCCCUUGGAGUCUCCGGUUGAUGUCUUUGUACACCAAAGCAAGCUUUACAUGGAAGGAUUUAGAAGCCUAAAAGAAGGAGAACCAGUGGAAUUUACUUUUAAGAAAUCUUCCAAAGGCCUUGAAUCAAUACGGGUAACAGGCCCUGGUGGGAGCCCCUGUUUAGGAAGUGAAAGACGACCCAAAGGGAAGACAGUACAAAAAAGAAAACCAAAGGGAGAUAGAUGCUACAACUGUGGUGGCCUCGACCACCACGCUAAAGAAUGUAGUUUACCUCCGCAGCCAAAGAAGUGCCAUUACUGUCAGAGCAUCAUGCACAUGGUGGCUAACUGCCCCCAUAAAACUGUCUCGCAGCAGCCCACUAGUUCUCAGGGAAGACACGAAGCUGAACCGCAGCCUUCCACUUCUGCUUUCCCGAGAGAAGGGGGAGGAACGCACGGCUACUCGUCUCCAUCGUACUCUCAGGAGGGCAGGUUGGAGAUCUCGGAGCGCUCAGGCAGGUCACCACAGGAGGCUUCAUCGAGUAAGUUGUCUGCAUCGCCCGAAGAACCGAGCAGAAAGGGGCCUUCUGUUCAGAAAAGGAAAAAAACUUAAAGCGUUUGUCGUAACUUUCCGUUUUCUUUAUCCUCUUGGGAUGUCUACCUCAUGCAAGUACAGGGGAAAUAAUUUCAUUAUCAGUAGCUGACCUGGAAUUUUAACUACUGUUGAGGAACUGUGAAUUUUUUUUUUUCUUUAAUAGACAAAUCACUCCAAGCAAAAUACAUUUGAGCAGGGUGCAUUACGUUUUACCUUCUGUAUGUGUGCGUAUGAGUGUGCACGCGCGUGUGUGUAUGUGUACAUACCUAUAAAUAUAUAUUUUUUCCAUCAAGCCACUCUCCAGCUCCCACAAGACAUUACUGUGAAGCAAUAGGCAGACUCCACAAAUGUUCAUAAACACAUUCCUAGAACCUGUUUCCAAACAUGUUAAAAAAAAACAACACAAAGACAAACAAGAAAACCCAAGAAAUAUCACUCAAAACCAAACCAAACCUGAAAAAUCACACACAGAACUGAGAUCAAGACUGUUACUUCUCUUGAGAACCAAAGGAUACUUUAAUAUUUUUAAAGCUGCCAUAUGGUACUAAAGAUACUAAGGCAUCCCCCAUGCCAUCAAUUUGAGUUACUUCCUUUCUCAUCUCCACAAAGUAUCAAAACCCCUCCCUUCCCCGUGCCCAUGCCAGGGCAGUGUCAUGACUCAACACGGCUCUCAUUGCCACCAUCCUUUGUUGGUGAGGAGUUUAAAGCUCCAGAAAAGACAAUGAAUGUGUAGUUUCUGUGCUGGUUUCUCAAAAUGUUUUGUUAAAUUAAUAUGGUUGUAACUGUAAUUUAGAUGACUAUUGUGUAGGGGAGAAUGUAUAAGCUGUUACCAGACAGACCCUUUUGAGUGGUAUCAGGAUACCAUCCUGUUUAACCCUUCGUAUUCUGUGAACGUUUAGGGGACCGUGGUGGUGGUGGUAGUAGCAGCAGCAGCAGCAGCAGCAACUUCUCUUGGUCCCAAAUAGUAACCCUCAAUUUGAAGGGACUUCCCCCUUGUUUUCUGUUGAAAUGCCAUGGAGAGAAUAAUCUAGGGAUUUUUGUUGUUGUUGUUUGUUAACAUCAAAGAAAACCAAAUGCAAAGCUAAUGAGAUCCUGGGAUGAAUAGUUGCUUAAGAAUAAAGGUAGAUGGGUACUUGCAGUUGCUCAGCCAGCCUCCCUUGCUGAUACAGCAUGUGUGUAGUCAGGGACAGGUGUCUGCUGCAGACAAGCCUGAGCGAAGGGGCCUGCAAAUUUGCCAGAAGCCCUGGACCUCAUCUUCUUCUUGUGGAGACUGUUGCUGACUAGCCUUGGUCCAGAGUGCGCUGGGACCACACACUUCUGCAUUAAAGAGGAGAAAGAUUGGUGGCCUCAGAGUGAGACUCCCUGGGCUGCAGCCCUUGCUCAGGGUUAAUAGAGUUGGAGCCUAUCAAAACUUGAAGUCGCUUUCCAUUUGUAACUUCUGAAUUACCAAGUCAUACGUAAGAUAACGUACUUUGACAAAUCCCAUUGCGGAUGUAAGUUAAUUAGAGAAACCUGUAUAAUCCUUAACAUUGGCAAUAAACACAGGCUGUUAAAGCUUGAAAGAGUCAGGUAGGUUUAAGCUUGGAUAAUCAAACUAAAGGAACAGCCUCCGUGAAAGGCUACAGUGAGCCGAAGCCCUACCCACGGUGACUCUUUUGCAGCUGAUGGUUACAGCAGGUAUGCAGCUGGCUCGUGACGUGGCCUUCCCCUUCCCACUUGUCCUGCCAGAUGAGACUUUUACUGUUGCUGCUGCUGCUGCUUCAGUAAACAGGUAGUAACCAAACGCCUCAGUGAAGGGCACAGUUUCAAGAAAAUUAUUUUGUGUGAAUUCCUUGCCAGUGUUUGCGAGAAUCUCGAUGGUUUAUACUGAAGUUCUCAGUAUGCUAAUGCAAAGCUUACCUUUGACGAUAUUGAAUGUGAUAUAUCUAUAGAGAAGAACUUCCUUGCCUUACGUAAGGGUAGUAAACUUAUUUAAAUUAUGUAGACAAAUCAAAGUGGCAUUGCUUAACCUUCUAGCCGGUGUAAAAACCAGGUUAAACAGCAAAGAUGCAAAACUUAGGUCACUUUGAAAAUUUAAACCAAAGUUCCUUAUAGAAAUAGGCAAUUGUGGAUUUGAAAACUGGUCAUUCCCUGUUUAUAUGUAAGAAGUUCAGAGCUGAGAUAAGGACAUAUUUUCAACACGCAGAUUUUUAUUGGUGCUGUUUGAAAUCACUGUGCGCACCAAAGUCAGACUGAACUGCUAAGAGCACAUACCAAACCCUAUCUUAUUGUUGAAAACUUAAGGUUUUAUUUUUAUAUAUUAGAAUGUUAUCACUAUUACAUAACAUACUCAGGACAAAGAACUUUGCUCAGGGAAUAUACCAUGUAAUGUUUUUUCUUUACAGAAUAGUCUACAGACCUGCUUACUCAGAACAAACCAAAUAGUCUUAGGCCUUUUUAUCUCUAUAUAAGUAUUAUGUACUGAUAUUAGUAACUACCUCUGAGUUGACAUAGACCUACAUUUCUGAUAAUCAGAUCUCAGCGUUUUGUAUUAUAAGUUCCUGUGAAAUGAUAAAGUGGUAUUCCGUACUGGUUGCUUAUGUGAACAUGUGUGUCUUUACAUUCACAGGGUCUGAGUUUUCCGAGAUGCUGGGCAACCACAGCUCCCACUGACUUCCAGUCGGAGCUACUGGUGCUUAGCUUUGCUAGGAGGGGAGGGAUGGGGGAUGGGGGGCAGAGGGGGAAGAAUAAAAACACAAAUGCAUCAAGCCCACUUUGUUUACAUAGGUGACAAUAAAAUUAUUAUUCUGUUUACAGCAAAAGGCUACCUCAUAUUUACUGCAUAAACACACCUUUGUGCUGCUCUAGCCUUAAAGGUGGCUGUUGAUCUAUGGUACAUACUUUUUAUCUGUACUGAAUAUGUAACUGAUAUUUCACCACUGCAUUCAUUAUGGCAAAUACUUGUUUAAGAUGAAGCAUCCAUUUGAAAUUAUGAGACGUUUCCAAACAUUUCUUUGAAAGUUUUUAUUUUUCUGUCUAAAGGAUUAUGGGCACUGUUCACGAAAAUAGAUACAUCUCGAGAAGAGACAGAAAUGUACAUGCCUAAGUCAAACAUAUAGCAGCGCAAGCUGUGGCAGGUAACUACUUAGCACUGGGCUGCAGUAGAAAAAAGAUCUAGUUAUACUCCUUCAAUAGGCUGCUCCAAAUAAGCAAAGACCCCUUUAAAGGAGGAGGCACAGACGGAGUUUGGGAUUCUUCCUUCAUGUCUAAGGACAAAAUUAAUAUUCUGCAGCAUUGGCUCAGCCUAGAUUUCCCCUAUUCACCAGCCUGUCCUUGCCAGAAUGCUUCACAAUAAAACUCAUUUGAGUAGAAAUAGUUCAAAUAUCUGCUCAGAGAGAUGUAUUUUUCUCCUAACAAUAGUGGAGAUAAGGUUAAACCUGGAACAAGACUAUCUCUGCCUCCCAUUCCCCCACCCCAAAAUACUCAAUUUGAUUUAAUCAUAAACGACAUUGUGAGGUAUUUUUUACUCUCCCCCAAGGAGAGGUCAUGGUAUUUAUUUACACGCUGCAAAAGUUAGGCCAUGAGGAAGACUUGUAUUUGGAGGAAGAGCCAAAUAACUUUUUGCUGCAGUUAAUGGUAAACCUGGCGUUGUAAUACCAUUUGCAAUAUUUUGCUUGUAGCCAGCUUUUAGGGAGUGCCAAACACCACAUUUGGAUCCUACCUCUUCCCUUUGCAGGCCGCCUUUUUCAGCCCAGUUUUACUUGGCCCCAGUGUUAUCCUGGAGUUCCUGCUUAGUCAUACUUAGUUUUGUGAAUAGAGCCCCAUAAAAAGUGUUUAUAGACCUUGUAACAUUCUUUGUAAGAAGAAUUAUAAAAGAACAUGGGAAAUCUCAUCGAGUCUUAAAUUUAAUUUAAUUAAUUUAUCUGUAAGAAAUGUUUAUCAUAAAAAAUAUAUAUGUAUUCCCCUGUGCUAGAUAUAAAAGUAAUUGGGAAGAUAUGUACAUGUGCAGAUGCACUGAUUUUAAUUUUCUAGAAGUCUUAAUGAGAUUUGAGUAUUGUUUUAGAAACAAGCAGAGCCUUGUUAAAUGCAUUGAUCUUAUUUUGCUUAGUAUAUCAACAGCCUCUUCUUUAAGAUCCGUUGGUUGUGUUACCCCUGUUACAACUGUUGACUGAUAACAAGAGGUUGAUCUGUGAACACAGGCUUCUUUUUUUAUACUAAACCAGAGCUGUAUAUGAGCAGCUUCGGUAGUGUUUUUAUGAGAACGUUGAAAAGUACCAAGGUAUUUGCUACCACUGUCAUUGAACCAAGCGUAAUAACAACCAUCUUUACAAAGGAUAAUGGUUUUGACUACCUCUUGGAUUACUAAGUUAAGCAACAACUGGCUGACAAACAUCACCAGACUGGCUUAAACUAGUAUGUGUUGCUUGUGGUAAUAAUAACAAUAACCAUACUAGAGACCAAAGUGAACACUGAUUUCUAUAUGUCUUUAAUACUGUGUCUUAUCUAGUGUUUUUAAAUUAUCUUCUGUAGUAUAGAUUACCUCAUUGUCCAUUUUGACUUGUAUGUUGUUUACAAGGUGAAAUAAAAGAAAAAUCACUUGAAUUUUAUGUUUUAAGAAAAAGACAGUGAGUUGAAGUUUUGAAGGUCAGUUCACCUGCUUACUGUCUUGAGGGACUAAAGCACUGAUUGCCUUUCUACAUAUCAUGUAUUUUAUAUUCUCAUUUCAUGCCUAAUGUUAAUUUUUUUCCUGUCAGUCAUGGAUAUUGUGAGGUUUAAAAGAAUUACUUGAUUAAAAAUAAAACAUAUAACGUUGGCAUUUACA